GUCGUCGUCCGUUCACCGUUCGCCGACACAUCACUCGCUAGUCAGUCGUUCACCGUUCACUCACUGUGCCGUUUGUGAGUAUCGCACGUUCGCGGUUGUCUCGUUUUGCUCCGUCCGCACAUACAUUUUGUUCGAGUCCUCAGUUGUACGCGUUCACCACCGACUGGAACCCAUUAAAAAAAAAAAGAAUAAAGCGCGGCCGCUGUUGCACCGGUCGCAAGACACCAGUCCGUGUGAUUGUACAUAAUUAUCAGCUCCGAUCGUCGCCGCCCGCGGGAUACACGUGUGUGCCGAUCGGCCACCGUCCACCUGUCAUCGGUGAACGGUCGCUCGCCAGUGUGCGUCGCGUACUCGCAGAAAACAACGUCAACGCAACGACAUGGCCCGGCCCGAGCCGUCGUUGUUGCGCGGCACGCGACCGCUGCCGGUGCUGCUGCUGCCGCGGCGGUGGUCGACGGCAUGAAAACACGUUCACCUGCACCAGCCGAACGGCGGUCCACCAGCGCGUUGCGAAAACGUCGUCGUCAUGCGUUCGCGGAAAAAAAUCGCCCGGCCCGCGCCUGCAGCGGUGUAACGAUGACGGCGAAGGGCACGUGAAACGCUGCCUACGCCACAGGGUGCUCUUAAGCCGCGUCGACAUGCGGCCAGCCCCGCCGUCCUCGGCGCUCGCCUCCGCGUUCGCGGUCGCCGUCUUCCUGACAGUGGUCGUCGGAAAGUUCGGACGGACAAGUUCUACCCCUGUCCUGCAACCAGGGAAAUUGCCGGUGCUCAACGAUUUCAUAAAACACUACACGCCAGCGGAGUACGACCAGGAUGGUUUGCGGGAACAGCAUCGGAGGAUGCGCAGGAACGCAGCCGCUCAUAGUGUCCGACAACAAUUGCCGAUACGACUCACCGUCGCCACGCCGCACAGGACUUUCAAAAUGUUGCUGACUCCAGACAAGAAAUUAUUUGCUGACGACGUGGUGUUUGAGAGCUCAGGAGAUCGGCCAAUACCGUUUGAUCCAGGCAAAGCUUACAUCGGCACAUUGGAAGAUGAUGAGUCGGUGAACGUGCGUGGAGUCGUGACGGCCGACGGGUUGUUCGACGGUACCAUCAGCACAGCAUCCGAAGAGUAUUUCGUGGAACCGUCGUCCCGGUAUACGGAUGGCUCGUCUCCGCUUCCAUACCACAGUAUCGCAUAUCAAUUGUCGGACGUGGCCAUGCCGAAGACGGACGGCGGCUGUAUGUCGGAGUCGUUAAGCGAACGCCGGGCUCGCCGUUCUGCCGCCGAGCGGUUGGUGAACCAGACUUACGACACGGAGGGCGUGAUACUGAUCCGGUCGCCGAACGGGACCAUCGUGAACCGUAGCCGGCAGUCGGCCACGAGCAAGACACCCACGCUACCCAAGCCCAACUGGUACGACCCCAAUGACCUGCGGAAGAUAUUGGUCGCGGUGGCCGGCGACGAGGCCAGCAGCAACCUGGUGGUGGACGACGGCAGUUACGACCCAUUCGAGAACCGCAAGAAGAACCAUGGCGGUUUCGUGGACAACCGGAAGACCACGUGCAUGUUGUAUCUGCAGGCCGACCACUUGUUUUUCGAGAAGUACGGCAGGGAGGAAACGUGCAUCGAGGUCAUGACCAGGCACGUGCAGAGGGUGAACGCCAUCUACAGGAACACCGACUUUAAUCAAGAUGGUAAACCAGACAAUAUAAGCUUCAUGAUUAAGAGGGUGAAAGUGCACUCCAACCCGGACCCUUCAUACAAGUUCCUGGGGAAUUACGGCGUAGAGAAGUUUUUAGAAAUAUUUUCGGAGGAAGAUUACGAUGCAUUUUGUUUGGCGUACAUGUUCACCUACAGAGAUUUCGAAAUGGGUACUUUAGGUUUGGCAUGGACUGGUGAUUUGAAAAAUGCUGGUGGCGUAUGUGAAAAGAACGGGCAUUAUCGAGGUAGCUUAAAAAGUUUGAAUACUGGUAUUGUAACUCUUUUGAAUUACGGAAAACAUGUACCUUCCGCAGUAUCUCAUGUUACUCUCGCACAUGAAAUUGGUCAUAAUUUUGGUUCACCUCACGACCCCGAGGUAUGUACACCUGGUGGAGAUGAUGGUAACUAUAUAAUGUUCGCCCGAGCUACUUCAGGUGACAAGAAAAAUAACAAUAGGUUUUCCCCGUGUAGUUUAUCUGCUAUAAAUCCUGUAUUAAACGUUAAGGCCAGGAGUACUAGAGGAUGUUUUACUGAACCACAAACAUCAAUUUGUGGAAAUGGCGUUGUAGAACCCGGUGAAGAAUGUGAUUGCGGAUGGGAAGAAGAUUGCAAGGAUGCAUGUUGCUUCCCACAAAGGAGAUAUGCUCCAGCUCAAGAACCACCAUGCAGACUAACGCCAAAUAGUAUUUGCAGUCCUUCACAGGGACCGUGUUGUACAAAUGAAUGCAGUUUGAAAAUAGGCGAUCUUUGUCGCAAUGAUAACGGAUGCCGUGAUGCAAGUUACUGCAAUGGUUUAACUCCUACCUGUCCUGCUUCUAUAAAUAAACCCAAUAAAACAGUAUGUAAUGAAGAGUUUGUUUGCUACAUGGGAGAAUGUACUGGAUCAAUAUGUCUUGCUUAUGGAUUAGAAUCUUGUCAAUGUUUACCUACCCCACAAGACUCCCCUACUAAAGCAUGUGAAUUAUGUUGUAAAUUGCCUGGUGAAAAUCAACCUUGUUUAUCAUCUUAUUCUUGGAAUAACGUGCCAUACGACAUACCAGAUAUGUUCUCUAAGCCGGGUACCCCUUGUAAUGACUAUAAUGGGUAUUGUGAUGUAUUUCAAAGAUGCAGAGAGGUUGAUCCAUCAGGACCUUUAGCAACAUUACGUAAACUUUUGUUAUCUGAAGAAAGCAUCGCUUCUUUUAAGAAAUGGGCUAUUGAUCAUUGGUACUAUUCGGGCCUAAUCGUUGUCUCAUUCUUAUUGAUGCUAGUUUUAAGUACACGGUUGUUUGGAAAACGGUCGGAUCCAAAAUUAAAAUCGGUAACGAUCAUUCACAGCUCAACCACAGAAACUGUUCGCUUGCCAGCUGAUGGUGACAAUCCAAAUGUUACCGUUCAUCCUGCAGCUGUACGUUCAAAACUUCCGCUGAAAAAACGUGUACGUGAAAAACGUAACGUCUACAACAAUAACAACAACAACAGUCCUGCCAAAAAAAAUCGUAAAAAAGUAACAGCGGAGGAAGAAUCUACUACAGAAACGUCUUCUCCCAAAAAAGUUGCUCAAGCUCAAAAGAAAGAGCGUAAAAUGAGGAGGAAAAAAUCAAAAGGCGUCAUCGACUACAGUGUUGCUCAGAAUAACGUACUAAUAGCAAAUAAGAAAACGCAAGAAGAUGAUCCGUUAGGCAAAGUUCGCAAUUGGUUGUUGAACUCUCAUCAUAUCGAAGCUCUCGGUACGUUGAGAAAGUCUAAAUCGUCGCCUGCUGGUUUCGCGAACCCUCCCGAACCACCUAAGCCUGUGCCUAAAGCUCAACAAAAAACCAAAGACAAUCAAGUUAGUUUACAAGUAGUUUACAAGCCGCCGUUCAAAUUUAGCGUCAAACUCAGCAAGUCUAAACCAGAUUUGACGAAAGACAAACGGCCGGAUCGCACCAAACAACGUGCAGCCCUAUUAAUCCGAGCCAACCGAGCACAUGGUGGCGUCAAAGCGAUGAAAAAAGUCAACCGGUUACAGUCAGAGCCAAAGAACGCCGUGGUCAAGGAAGAACCCAUUUACGAAAAUGCGGCCAUCGACUUGCUGCGGAUGUCGUCUACGGAACACGACGGCCAUCAGCCAAUUUUCCCAGUAGCUGCUUCGCCCCCGAAAAAACAGAGAAAGUCGUUUGCCGGCAUGGACGUGAAAAACGAAGAAACUCGAUCCAAAAGGAAUAGUGUUCCGCAACAAUUGCUGCAACCGAGCACGUCGGGCAAUAACAAUCUGAUGCGAUUUCCGUCAACGGAAAACAAAAAUAAUCCUACGUACGCUAACAUGAGUAAAUCUGAAGAAAAUCGAAAAGAUGAGAAAACGUGAUAUAUGAUCAGGUAACAGUUUAUUUCUUCUUAUGUUAUUUUUUUUUUUUCAAAACA